GAGGCGAGGCGAGGCGAGGCAGCCCGCCAGUGACUGCGGGGCGGACCCGGCGGCGCUGAGGGGAGGCCGAACUCGACCCCUUCAACAGAUAAAAUCCUUGGGCACUUAUAAAUAUGGAAGGCAACUGCAGUUUACAGUUCAUGGUGAUCCUAAAGCUCAUCAAAGAGGCCAACUGGCAAUGUUUUCUUUGAAGAUAAAUGCUGAGCUCAAUAUUAUGCAUAUUCAUUACAGAAAGCCUCAUUUACAGGAUGAGCAGAUUUGAUUAUGCAGACAAGAUAAACAAGCAAAUUGAUAUCAAAUGAAUGAUCUCACCAUGCACUGAACAACUUCUCAGUAUCAGGUGCUUAGCCCUAAGAAAAUGUCUGCUUGCAAUGCCUUUACUGAACAUGUCUGGAAACCUGGUGAAUGUAAAAACUGCUUCAAACCAAAAAAUUUACACCAACUGCCUCCACCCCCUGAAAAAUCUCCACUGUUAAAUACAAAUCUAAAAAUCAAUGCAACCCACAACACCAGCCAACGUGCUAGGAAUACAGGAAAUUUUCGACCUCCUGUGGCAAAGAAACCCACUAUAGCUGUGAAACCCACGAUGAUGACAGUAGAUGGACAGGGUAUAUGUGGUGAGGCCAGCUCACAAGAUCUUUGUGAGAACAAGCCAGUUAUUGUAGCAUGGAACCAAAAUAGGACUAUCUUGAACAAAAAACCACUGAAUAAUAAUAAUGAUGAUGAUGAUGAUGAUGAUGAUGAUAAUGAAGAAGAAGAAAUUGAAGGUUAUAGCCAUGUUCAUAGACCUUAUAGGAGUAGUGAUGAUAUUAAAACUCCAAGUAACAAUAAUGGACUGACAGAAGUUUUAAAGGAAAUUGCAGGCUUGGAUUCCCCAUCUCCUCUAUCAGGAAAUGAAAUUAAUUCAAGGGAAGCAUUUUUGGGAAGAAUAAACAAUAGCUACAAAAGGUCAUUGGAAAGAAAGAUCCCUCCAAGUUGCAUGAUCGAUGGAAUGAAAGAUUCACAAAAUAAGCAUGUUGUUCUGAGUGGAAGUACUGAUGUAAUAAGUAAUGAGGGCGGCCGUUUCUGUUACCCAGAAUUCUCCAGUGGGGACGAGAGUGAGGACGAUUUGUUUUUUGGCAGCAUGCAUGAAGACCAUGAAAGCUGGGAUGAAAGUGACGAAGAGCUGCUAGCAAUGGAAAUUCGCAUGAGAGGACAGCCACGCUUUGCUAACUUCAGGGCUAAUACUCUGUCACCUGUCCGAUUUUGUGUUGACAAAAAGUGGAACACAGUACCUUUAAGGAACAAGUCUCUCCAAAGGUUUUGUGCAGUAGACUAUGAUGAUAGCUAUGAUGAAAUUUUGAAUGGUUAUGGAGAUGACCCUGUGAUCCUUUAUGGGCAAGAAAGCAUGCAAAGUAUGGUAUCUUCCGAUUCCAUGUCUCCUGACUCCUCUCUGACUGAAGAGUCUCACUCUGGGACAGCCAGUAGUUCUUCUCAAAGACUCUGCAAUGGUGGAUUAUCUCCUAGUACUCCUAAAGAUAUCAAAUUAAUUGAGGAAGGAUAUAAAGGUUUUUCUGAUGAUCAGCAAUUGAAAAAUGCAACUAAAAGCCCUCAAAAUGCUACUAAAACUUUGGAGACUCAUAAGGCUAUGCUCGCCCUUAGGCUAGAAGAGAAGGAUGGCAAGAUUGCUGUCCAAAGUGAUAAGCAAGAAUGCAAAAGUCCUUCAGGUAUGCCAGCAAAAGCAGCAGCUACAAAUUUGGUCCACAUGGAAGAACAAGCAAAACCUUAUAGAGUAGUAAAUAUGGAACAACCUGUGUGCAAGCCAUAUACCAUAGUGGAUGUAUCAGCAGUCAUGACCCAUGAAUGUAUAGAGAAUCAGGCAAGAAGUUUAGAUAUGAAAAGUAUCCUGUCUAAUCCAAAUUCACCAGAUGCUGUAAAUACAAAUGCUGCACCUCAUUCUGUGUCAUCCGGGCAAGUAAAUACCAAUCUUAAAAAAUCUAGUGCAGUCAGAUACCAGGAAGUUUGGACUUCUAGUACAAGCCCACGACAAAAGAUUCCUAAGAUGGAACUAAUUGCCAACACUCCAGGACCUUCUGUACCUGUAAGGAAAAACAUCCAUAAAUCUGCCCCUACUUCACCUACAUCAACAAAUAUUUCUACAAAAACAAUCCCUGUUAAAUCUCCUAAUUUGUCUGAAAUAAAAUUCAAUAGUUACAACAAUGCUGGCAUGCCACCCUUCCCAAUUAUUAUUCAUGAUGAACCAACUUAUGCUAGGAGUUCUAAGAAUGCAAUCAAAGUUCCUAUUGUAAUAAAUCCAAAUGCAUAUGACAACUUAGCCAUCUAUAAAAGUUUUCUAGGAACUAGCGGAGAUCUCUCUGUUAAAGAUAAAACCACAAGUGUCAUCAGCCACACAUAUGAAGAAAUAGAAACAGAAAGCACAGUGUCUGAAAAUAUAGCUGGCAAAUCUGAACUUCAAGCUAAAGGGUUAGCUAAUAGCACCGAAAGGAGACUGGGUUCUGUGGCCCAGAAGGUUCAGGAAUUCAACAGCUGUCUCGGUAAAGGCCAGACUUCACCCAAAAGCUCUGGCAACAGCUCACCAACAAAAAUACAAAGAACUCUUCAAGAGCCUGCAGCCAAAAUAGAAGACACACAGGAGGUAUAUAGUGGCAAUAGGGAAAAUGCUUGUAUAGUACUAUCACAAAUUGUAGCUUCUAUCCAGCCUCCAGAGUCUCCCCCAGAGGUACUUCAGACUGGGCCCAAGUCUUGCAGUGUUGAAGAACUGUAUUCUCUGCCCCCCGAUGCAGACAUAGGUAAGAGCAUCCCAAUGCGACCCAAAUCUCUCUUUACAACACAGUCCAGCCCUGAGAGUGAGGGGAUCAAAUCCAUAGAAAUGGUGCCAAAGGAAAUUCCAACAAAGUUGCCAGUCACCCAGUCCUCAAAGCUACUGGCAGCUUCCCAGAAUACAAGUCUCAAAACUGAACAGGCUCCCCCAUUCCCACCUCCCCGUUCCACAUCUUCACCUUAUCAUGCCAGCAAAGUGCUGCAACGACAUUUCAGCAAUUGGACAAAACCAAUGAGUCCUAUUAGAUCAACAGAGGCUGAAUCAGUAUUGCAUUCAGAAGGUAGACGAGCUGUUGAUGCAAAGCCCAAGCGCUGGAUAUCAUUUAAGAGCUUCUUUCGUCGCAGAAAGACUGAAGAUGAGGAAGACCGAGAGAGGGAAAAGGGGAAAUUGGUGGGUCUUGAUGGGACUGUGAUUCACAUGCUUCCACCACCUCCUGUUCAACGCCAUAAUUGGUUUAGUGAGUCAAAAACAGAUUCCAGUGAGAAACCUUCUAUUGUUUUUAUGUUUAAAUGCGAACAAGCGAAGAUGGAGGCAAAAUCUGAUCUAAACAAGACUGAGGUGGAGUCGGCAGUUGAAGUUGUGACAACAGAGAGAAGAGAGAGGGAGAAGUCUGCAGAGAUGUCAGAAGAAAACCUGAAGAGUCAUUCUUCAACACUUCAAGUUCCAAAGGAAAUUCUCAGCUCACCAGACCCCACUGGAAUAAAUGCUUCACCAGAGUUUCGAGACAUGAUUAAAAGACUCAAGAAGGCUCUGAGAGAAUUUCCUUUAAUGGGGAACUGUGUGAGUGAGUAUAGUGGUCAAGUGCCUGAUGAGCAAACAGUGGAAAAUUUGUCCCCUCGAAUUCCAAGAUCUGCAUUUGAAAAUGAGGACAAUGGCGGUAAUGCAUCCCUCAUUCCAGUGUCUCCAGAAAUACCACAAGGGGAAGAGGAAAGGGAAGAAAUGUCUGAUUCUUCUGACGUGAGCGCUUGUAGUGCUACGUAUAGUAACUUGGGACAAUCCAGAGCAGCUAUGAUACCUCCAAAGCAACCACGGCAACCAAAGGGGGCCUUGGAUGAUGCCAUUGCUUUUGGGGGGAUAUCUGAUCCAGAAAUGGCUACCGCCUUUCAUCCAACACCACCUCCACUGCCAAAGAAAACUAUUCUAAGAGCUCACACAGAACCACUUCCAAAAGAACUCCAGAAACAGGCCCUUGGAAAUAGUCCGUGUGUGAUGGCCAACCCCACCUAUGACAUCGACACCAACUGGGAAGCAAGCAGCGCCUCCUCUUCGGUCAGCUCAGAAUUCAAGGCAGUGGACAACGAGUCAGGAGAUUCCUUGGACAGGCCUCCAGAAAAGGGAUUGGCAAUCUCCUCGGGACCCAAUAGUGCUUCCAGCCUAACAGCUAUCAGUAUUAAGGACAGGUGUUCCAAUAGCAUGGAAUCUCUGUCAGGUAGGCCUGUCACCCACAGCAGGCAUGGCAAGGCGGUCCAGAAACCCCAGAGACACACACUUUAUAGAGGAAUUGAAAACCGAGGGGAGGUGGUGAGCAAGAUCAGAAGCCUUCACACUGAUUCCCUGAAGAAACUGUCUGUCAAGUGUGAAGACCUGUUCAUGGCUGGACUGAAAGAUCAACUUCGAUUUGGCGUAGACAGCUGGUCAGACUUCAGAUUAACCAGUGACAGGCCAUGUUGUGAGGCAGGUGAUGCUGUCUACUAUUCAGCUUCUUACGCUAAAGAUCCACUCAACAACUAUGCAGUCAAGAUUUGUAAGAGCAAAGCUAAAGAAUCUCAACAGUAUUACCACAGUUUGGCUAUUCGCCAGAGCUUGGCUAUCCAUUUUAACAUACAGCAGGACUGUGGCCACUUCCUAGCUGACGUGCCCGUUCGGCUCCUUCCAUGGGAGGAUCCCAAUUCACCUGAAGAAGAGGAAGGGGAGCAAGAAGAUGAGCAGAAGAACAAAGAAAACUCCUCCACAAUGGAAGUUCCACGGAAAGACAGUUCAAGCCUGCAAGGAACUAUCAGCAAGCAGCGCAGCAGAGUUGUAGUUAUCACCCGAGAGGUUCCCUGUCUAACAGUGGCAGAUUUUGUGCGAGAGUCUUCAGACCGCCAUGCCAGUAGCCCAGACUUGUAUGAAAGGCAGGUGUGCCUCCUACUCUUACAGUUGUGUUCUGGUCUAGAGCACCUGAAGCCCUAUCACAUCACACAUUGCGAUCUGCGUUUGGAGAACCUUUUGCUGGUGGACUACAGGCCAGGGGGAAGCCUUUUGAACUAUGAGUCUGUGGAGCCGAACCCCAGUGCUGCCUGCCCCGCCAGGCUUAUAGUGAGCAAUUUCUCCCAAGCCAAGCAAAAGAGCCACAUGGUAGAUCCUGAAGUCCUAAGAGACCAGUCCCGCCUUGCCCCAGAAAUCAUCACAGCAACACAGUAUAAGAAAUGUGAUGAGUUCCAGACUGGCAUCCUCACUUAUGAAAUGUUGCACCUGCCCAACCCCUUUGAUGAAAACCCAGAGCUGAAAGAGAAAGAGUACUCUCGGGCUGACCUCCCCCAAAUCCCUUGUCGUUCACUUUAUUCCCUGGGGCUUCAGCAGUUGGCAAACUGCUUGCUAAACCCCAACCCGUCAGAGAGGAUCCUUAUAUCUGAGGCAAAGGGAGUCCUUCAGUGCUUGCUUUGGGGUCCCCGGGAGGAUUUGUUUCAGACUCUCAAUGCCUCUUCCAGACCAUCACAAAGAGAGACUGUGCUCCAGAACUGGCUGGACAUCAAACGGACGCUGAUGAUGAUCAAGUUUGCUGAAAAGUCUUUGGACAGGGAAUGUAAAGUCAGCCUUGAAGACUGGCUUUGUUGUCAGUAUCUGGCUUUUGCCACUACAGACUCGCUCAAUCGCAUAGUGAAAAUCAUGCAGCAACAUUAGCUGCUUUCACUUUGAUGCACCCAAAUCCUUUCUCCAGUCCAUGUCCCAUGCUGUGUGGAAGUGUUAAAAUUCAAACCUAGCUCUCCAACCCUGAGCAGAUGGAUCUUGUUGGGAAGCUCCAUUUCCUAGGUGCAAGGGAGAGGUCAUCACCUAGUAUUGCUGAUUGUGUGAAUGGACAAGGAAGUGUGGAAAUUUUUAAUAAAACCACUAUUUCUGAUCUUGAUGGUCUGAACAAAAUUUUCUGGAGGUAGGCCCAGUCACUUCUGUGUAGCAUACAUGUGCUGCAAAUGGCAGUGUCCAGUAAUGAUUACAAACAAAAAUGAGUGAAGUUAGUCAUGAAUCAGCCGCCAAAAUGUAAACCACUUUUCACAAAGAUAUGGACUCUGCCCCACGGCCAUUGUCAACCCAGCCUUAUCUUGGGGGUGAGUCAGUCUUACCAGUUAUACUUCCUUGAGAGGCAGGUUUGAGUUCAUUCUGGAUUGCAACAGUGGGCCAAUGAAUUAGUUUUUGUUAGCUGCAUCCAGAAUAAAAUGCCCUUUUUCUUUUACUCUUGCUAGAAGGCAAUGUACAUUUCAUGGGUGAAGCCCCAUUAUUAUUACUAUUAUUGGUAAUGAAAAACAGCUUUGAAAAGCUGUACUUUUGAGGAGAGUAAUGGCAGAGGAGAGGUUCUUAACCCUUUUCCCCACUGAUCAUUUCCCCCCUCAGAUUCACCUCACCCCCUCCAGCUGCCCCCCCCCCCAAGUUCCAAAGGCAUGUUUACCCUUGUAACAUGUAGUUUUCUCCUGCUUUCAUCUUCAUUGACCCUGAAUUCCAAUUUAUCAAUUCUGGUCAUCAACCUAGCCUAUUGCCAACAGAAGGAAAGGAGUAUCUUUCUAUUUUUGCCAGCACACAUGACACUGUUCUGCUAGAGGUUAUUGAUGAACUGUUAAUUAUAAUAAUGUUGACCAAGAACAGUCUAAGAGCCUGAGGGCAACUGACGUAAACAUGUAUUAGGAGCAGCUAUCCCCGUCUUCUAUGAGGCUGGUGUAUAUCCUAAAUCAAGGGUAAAAAUACCAACUUUCUACGUCUGCUCUGCAGCCGCGUCUGUCGCAUUUGCAAAGCAAGAUGAAAGCUACCUAUACUGGCAGGUGAUGAAGUUUCUUAGAGCUCAACUUGGUGUAAUAAAUAAGCUAUGUAGCUAGAGAUGGAUUCUCUACAGAUGUGGUUGGGGGGGGGUUCACUCUGCUGUGCAUAUUGCCAUGAGUACAGUUACAUUUGGCAGACACAACUCAGUACUGUCUUGUCCUAGUUUCCUCUACGUAGAAUUUGGCUGCCCUCACUAACUAGUGUUUGGCUAUUUUUUUAUAACUGUUACUGCUGAUACCCUCAAAUGCCAUGUCUGUCAACACAUUUCUGUUGACUCUGAAGGAGUCACUGCAUACUAAGGAGACAUUGAAUAAACAAGUCCAACUGCCUGAAGGACUGUCUGGCCUCUAGACCCUGCUGCUGGCUUCCUUCCCUGACACAUGCUGGCCUUUUCCUGUGGAAGCCCUACAGCCCUGGUGCACCUGAUCCCUCUGCUCAGUGUUGGUUAGGUUUGUCUGAGUAGCUCCAAAGCUACUGCCCAGUAUUGAAUUCCCACAGCCUGGAUGGUGGUUGGAAUGUGGAUAGUAGCGUUUGCAUCGAGCCUGUGAUCCUCCUCUUCCUCCUGGAUAUAUGUGCAAUUUUUGAAUAUAUUUUAUGAAAAAGCUGUGUUAGUGUUUACGUUGCAUAAGAGACUCAAGCAUAUGUUAGACCUGCCCCCAUUUUUAUUUGUGGCACAUAGAUGCACAAAGUUAUGUGUGCUCUUUCUCUGAAUUGAUAUUUCCUUUCUUUAUGUUAAACUGUGACUAACCUGUUUACUUCAGCCUUGGAGACAAAUAGCCACUUUGAACAGCAUAUGCAUGUUUGGACCAGAAGCUGAAACACAGUCCCACAGGAAUGAGGUCAGCAAAGUCAGCUCUGUGUAGGGUGUGGGUUUCUCUUUGAUCCCAGCCCUGUAGUUCAUGGAAACCUGAGCCUAGCAUAGAAUAUGUGGUGGCUUCUUAAAAUGCUUUGAAUCUUCUUGCUUCCAUCUCCAUUGGUUAUUGGGGAAAGAUCAGACAAGAUCAAGGAUGAUGUGUAUGAAUUUGUCCUUUAAUUUUGUUUUAGAACAAAAGUGCAAAAUACGUUUGCGUGCAGACAGCUGUACUGACAUGCAAAGAGCCAAACACACUGAUGCCCAGAAUGUGAGGUGUGGUUGUGGUCCAUGUGGCCCCCUGAAAGAGGCAUUGGGUGCCAGUGCUCUAAACUGUAGGGUCCACAGACCUAUGGCAGAAUCCUUGAAAGAGCCUUGGACAAACAUUACAUGCAGCCCUUCUGCACACAGGCAACGGUGUGGGUGGGUGUGGAGGAUUCCUACCUUUGUGAGUGCACUUUGCACACAGCCAGCCACUUGCCCUUCACUAGCUGGGUUGAGGGCACUGCUUCUUCCCCAGUCUUAUGUAUGCUUUUAUCUGAGAUCUGUGCAGUUAACUAGCAUGUUAAUACUAGCAACACAUGGACUACUGACCACUGCAUUAGGCAUAUCCCUUUAAACCACCUGCUAGAUUAUUGUGCAUAAAGACACGUGUUGUGUCACUUUCAUGAUGACAUGCACAUGCAAAGUAGACUAUUGAAUGUUUUAUGACCAUGCAUAUUUUAUGCAGAAGAUCUCAAAACUCUAUGUGUUGUAUUUUAGCUCUCUGAUUUCAUUUUGUAUUUUGAUUACACAUUCGAACCAGUAUUAGCAUUGUGCACUCCAGGCAAGCAAGGGUUUAUACUCACUGCCACCUCCUUACUGUGUAGUACUGGGUGAACUUUGGUAAUGAAGGAUAGUAAUGUAAUUGGUAUGUGUGGGUGUGAGAGAGUGAGAGAUGGAAGGACAGAUACAGAUGCAGCCAAGCCGGAAUGUCCAUUCUUGGCGGAGCCAUGGGCUGCCUUUGCCACCAUUCUGUUGAAGCCUCCAUUAUUUGUUGAGGGUCUGCCAUUUAAGGGAUGGGCUGAACCAAACAGAUACCAGAACAAAAAACAAAUAGUGUUACAGCAUAAUUUCUAAACAAAAUAAAAAUCCUUGUUGCCCUCAUAAUUGGCUACAGCAAGCAUCAAGAGUGGAACCUUAAGUACACAAACACACGUUCAGAGGGUUUGCAUUUUGAAUAGUUAAACAUUUGUAGUUGAGCUCACUGCAGUUUAAAGAAUUGUGAUUCUCAAAUAGCCAUAUUGACUGUAAAUAUAUAUAUAUUUUCAUAAACACACACUCGUACACUCGUAAAUACAUAUUUUGCAGAAAACUGCUACUCAACUUACUUUAGCACAAUAUCUGCCACAAUACAGCAAACGAGAAUCUCUGGGAAUUUCUCAGUUAUGUUUAAGUAUUUGAAUGUGUACUUCCUGGAGCUUUUAGUGUCAUUAAUCUUUUCUGGGUUGGCAGGCUGGGUCAGUGAUUAACUGCAGUAACAACAGUGCCCAGUGCCUUGUCACAGAUUUAAUGCUAUUGGGGGAGGGAUUCCACAGUGGGAAUCACCCACUGCGAGCUACCAGCUUAAUAAACAAUAUUCCCCACAUUAAAAGUAAAAAUAGUGAAAGCAAAUUAUGCAUUUCAUCUCAAGCUGAGUUGGCAACUUCACCUGAAGAACACUGCAUGGUCACUCACAUCCUGGGGCUCUUUUGAUAUUGUUGAAAAGCCAAAAUAAAAAUAGAAUGGUGGAAGACGUUUUCCAAAUGCAUAGAAUAAUAAGAAACAGGAUAUAAAAUAACUGUCUGCACAACAUAGAAUUUGGAAAACCUA